GGUCAUUGAUAUAGAGCAGUGCGAAAUUAGAAGUGUAGUGCAACUAUUAUUUUGCAGAAAACCAUUCCAGUGUUGAUAAGAAGUAAAUCUCUGAACGAUGCACAAUGUGAUGUGAUAAGCCCUGUUUAGGAAUCAGUUCAUUACAAAACUAAUGAUUUGAUUGGCUUUGUUUUGUUUUUGUGGUGACGUAUCUACAGUGAUAUUAGGAAUAUCUAUGUAUAACAUAUAAAAAGCAUAGCCACAUUGUGAGACAUGCUGAUGAAAUCAUACUCAAAACUUACGAUCAACCGAAAUCGCACCGCUUUUCCAAACGAUGCAACAAUGGCUCAAAAUAUCACUGAUGCUCUGUACGUUCGGUUUCCUCAAAGAAAUCCGACCUAGCGAACCGUUCAUCGUUGACUACUUGGCAGGACCAUGGCGCAAUCUUACUAUGACACAGGUAAUCCAAGAAGCCUUCCCAGUCGGAACGUACUCAUACCUGGCUCAACUGGUGAUCAUAUUUCUGAUUACGGAUAUGCUGCGCUACAAACCGCUGAUCAUAGUGAACGGCCUAGCUGGUGUCGUCGUAUGGAGCAUGUUGCUCUGGACAACGUCCUUGGAAGCUCUCAAAGUGUUGGAAGUAUUCUACGGUACUUACUGUGCAGCUGAAAUCGCCUAUUUUAGCUACAUCUACGCCAAAGUCGAUAGGGAGCACUACCAGAAGGUGACCUCGCAUACCCGUGCUGCCAUCUACAGUGGAAGGUUCUUUGCCGGAGUUCUAGCUCAAAUUUUGGUCUACUUCAAGGCGAUGGAUUACAAGGAACUUAACUAUCUUUCGGUGGCGGCUCAAAUCAGUGCUACAUUAUGGGCUAUAUUUUUGCCAUCGGUCAAAACUAGCAUGUACUUUCACCGAGCAGCUUUGCCACCAAUAUUGGGAAAUGCUGCCGAUGAAAACUUCAACGACGAUAGUUCGAGUGAGAAAAACUCCACAAAAUCCCCGUCCUUCAGGAGGAAAAUGGUUUCAGCAUUCGUACUGAUUUGGGUACACUUUAAAACGUCGUUUACGAAUCUCACCGUUCUGCAGUGGAGCAUUUGGUAUGCCCUGGCCAUGGCCGGCUACAUCCAAACCAUCGCCUAUAUCCAAGCGCUGUGGAGUGAAGUUGAUCCCACUCAGGAAGCAAUCUGGAACGGAGCUGUCGAAGCAACGCUAACACUCCUAGGGGCUGUAGUAUCUCUGCUGGCAGGGUACAUCCACAGCAGCCUCCUACAACCAAGAAGUAGCUUGUUCGCCCUCUCCUUGUUGUCCGUCGGGCAAGGGGGUGCAAUCCUGUUGGCAACAAUGACAGAUAAUCUCAUUACCUCGUACGUUGGCUACAUUGUAUUCGGAGUGCUGUAUGCGUUCACCAUUACGGUCGUUAGUGCCGAAAUAGCGAAAAAUAUCUCGGAUGAUAGCUUCGGUCUGGUGUUUGGAUUCAAUACUCUGAUAGCGUUAUCGCUGCAGACACUGCUGACCUUUGCCGUGACGGAUGCAGACGGUUGGUUCGCGCUAGAUGUGAUAGGACAAUUCACCGUUUAUGGUUACUAUUUUGUCGCUCUCAGUGUUAUCUAUUUGAUAUUCUUGAUAGGUGAGAUAUUGUAUAGCCUUUGCCGGACAAAGCUGUGAGGCUUUUAGAGACUUAAGUAAGCACUCAAACAAAACAUGUUCAUAGAAAUCAUGUAGGAAAGACACAACACGUAGACUGAAUUACAAUUGUUAUAAUAGACUGAUUGAACCUGAGUUACUUACUAGGCAAUGCUUUCGAAGAAAAUCGAAGUAUAAAAAUAAAGUUUAUUAUGCACAGUAAUAAUACAUAUCUCAUCAUUUUAUUUUUCGAUGUCGUGUAAAUUGUUUUCAUAGCAUAUGUUGCAAUCUCACUCUUUUAUUGCAUUCGAAAAUAAACUCAUCUUACGUUACACAUUAUAUUUUACAGAA